UAUCACGACCGAGUAUCUAACGUGGUCGUCAUCCCCCAGCCGGUUCACCCAGUCAAAGCAGACUCAGACCACAAUAUGGUAGUAGCCACCGUCAACCUCGGUGGCAGGCUUGCCCACAACCGUGCAGUCCGGACUAAACCGAAACAGAAGCAAUUCAACCGACGGGAAUUGCAGUUCGAAGCAGCACGGUGUGCGGCGACUAAUCGGUUCCUCCUUAAUCUCAACACACGAGUGGACGAGCGAACAACCACCGCUGCGGAAUUGGCGACCGACUUUACCAAUGCUCUCCUCGACACAGCGCGGACGACCCUGGGGAAGGAACCGCGGAGACGCCGCACGCAGGAGUGGUGUGAGACCCCAGAGACGCGAGAAGCGCUGGAGCAGGCCCUUACCAAACGUCGGGAAGCGCGCCGGGCGAUGAGGGGCAACUGGAACUCAGCGACGUGGAGUGUUCUCAAAGCAGCGUGUAAGGGAGUGGCUACAGCAGUCGAAACAGGCAUUUAUGCCCACCUGGACGGAUAUGUGACUGAACUCGAAAAAAUCUACAAAGAUCGCGACAUGCUAGGACUGUGCCAACACCUCAAGAGAUCAGUGGGCCUCAGCGGGAGACAAGCGGGGGGACAGCAGUUCGUCGCGGAUGAGAACGGCGUGUUGCUCCGGAACAGGGACGACAUCCUCCAGCGGUGGGCGAGAUUCUUCAGCACCCUACUCAACACCAAAUCCCCCACCCUGAACCCACACAUAAUCGAACGAGUGACGCAGCGGCCAGCGACACGUGACACUCAACGGUUGGGAGAUGUGCCAGAACUCGAGGAGGUGGCACGGGCAACGAAAGGCCUCAAGAACUGGAAGGCACCCGGCCAUGACUCCCUCCCUGCCGAGUUGCUCAAGAUCGAUGACGACGAACCCUUCGUCCUGGGACACCUCCAUACCAUCCUCGUCAAGGUGUGGAACGGAGGAGAUAUUCCGCGAGAGUGGAAGGAUGCAACCAUCAAGGUGCUGUACAAGAACGGUGACCGGUCCAACUGUAACAACUACAGGGGGAUUUCGCUACUAUCUCACGUAGGCAAGGUCCCCAUCAAGAUCAUCACUAACCGUCUAAGCGCCUUCAACGAAGCCAACAACAUCCUCCCGGAGGAACAGUGCGGAUUUCGACCCGGGCGAUCCACCGUCGACAUGCUGUUCGUCGUGCGCCGCCUCCAGGAGCUGGGGCGGAGAAAGAAAAUACCGCUCUACAUGUGCUUCGUCGACUUGAACAAGGCGUAUGAUUCGGUGGACCGAGAGAUGCUAUGGAAGGUGCUGGCCAGGGCCGGGAUUCCCGCGAAGCUGAUCGAAGUCAUCCGCCAAUUCCACGAUGGAAUGCGGGCCCGGGUGCGCAUGGACGACGGAGAACUAUCGGACUGGUUAUUCGUGACACAGGGCGUGCGACAAGGAUGUGUGCUAUCCCCACUGCUGUUCAACAUCUUCUUCGCCGAGGUCCUCGAGGUCGUUGUCAUCCGAUUCAGCGAGGAUGAUGUUGUUCUGCGGAGCCUGGUUUGCUUGAAGGAGGGGAAGACGGAAGCAGGGGGGGGGGGAAGAGACACCCCUUGA